CGCGACUCCCCGCACCUCGUCGCCAAGUAUGAGGAGUUCAUGCUGCGCCGCUGCCUCGCCGCCGACCCCCCCUGCCAAUGGUUGGUGUCUCCCUCCUGCAGUUACGCCGUUAUUGCCUACGGUUGUGCCAGCUGCCCCAAGCUGACCUGUGAGAGGGAUGGAUGCCAGACAGAGUUCUGCUACCACUGCAAGCAGAUAUGGCAUCCCAACCAGACCUGUGACAUGGCCAGGCAGCAGCGGGCACAGGCUCUCCGCGUGCGCACCAAGCACACCUCAGGCCUCAGCUACGGGCAGGAAUCUGGGCCAGCUGAUGACAUCAAGCCGUGCCCUCGCUGCAGUGCUUACAUCAUCAAGAUGAACGAUGGGAGCUGCAACCACAUGACAUGUGCUGUGUGUGGCUGUGAGUUCUGCUGGCUCUGCAUGAAGGAGAUCUCGGAUCUGCAUUACCUCAGCCCCUCUGGCUGUACAUUCUGGGGCAAAAAGCCAUGGAGUCGUAAAAAGAAGAUUCUCUGGCAACUGGGCACGUUGAUUGGAGCUCCUGUAGGCAUUUCCCUCAUCGCUGGCAUUGCCAUUCCUGCCAUGGUCAUUGGCAUCCCUGUGUAUGUUGGCAGGAAGAUCCACAGCAGGUAUGAAGGGAAGAAGACCUCUAAGCACAAGAGGAACUUGGCCAUUACUGGUGGGGUCACCUUGUCUGUCAUUGCCUCUCCAGUCAUCGCUGCUGUCAGUGUUGGUAUUGGGGUCCCCAUCAUGCUGGCCUACGUCUACGGCGUCGUGCCCAUCUCGCUGUGCCGGGGUGGAGGCUGUGGAGUGAGCACAGCCAAUGGGAAGGGGGUGAAAAUCGAGUUUGAUGAAGAUGAUGGACCUAUCACAGUGGCUGAUGCCUGGCGAGCCCUGAAGAACCCCAGCAUUGGUGAGAGCAGCAUUGAGGGGUUGACCAGUGUGCUGAGCACCAGUGGCAGCCCCACAGAUGGGCUCAGUGUCAUGCAGGGCAACUACAGCGAGACAGCCAGUUUCGCCGCGCUGUCGGGCGGCACCCUCAGCGGGGGAGUCCUCUCGGGCAGCAAGGGCAAGUACAGCAGGCUGGAAGUUCAGGCAGAUGUCCAGAAGGAGAUUUUCCCCAAGGACUCGGUCAGUUUGGGGGCGAUCAGCGACAACGCCAGCACUCGAGCCAUGGCUGGUUCCAUCAUCAGCUCCUACAACCCCCAGGACAGGGAGUGCAAUAACAUGGAGAUCCAGGUGGACAUUGAAGCCAAACCCAGUCACUACCAGCUGACCAGCGGCAGCAGCACGGAGGACUCUCUGCACGUCCACACCCAGAUGGCAGAGAACGAGGAAGAGGAGGAGGAAGAGGAGGAGGAUGAGGAAGAAGAGGAUGGUGAGCAGGAGCAGACAUGCAAACACCAAAGCUGUGAGCAAAAGGACUGCAUUGCCAGCCAAACCUGGGACAUCACCCUGGCCCAGCCCGAGAGCAUACGGAGCGACCUGGAGAGCUCGGACAGCCAGUCAGACGACGUGCCGGACAUUACCUCGGACGAGUGUGACUCCCCUCACUCUCAGACUGCAGCAGGUUGCCCACAGACCCCCAAAGCUAGAGGUGCCGAGAGCCCAAGUGCCCACCUGAGCCACUGUGCCCACGCCGAGGGCUGUCGGCUGGAUGAGAUGGUCCAACUGGAGUGCAUCGAAGCCAGAGUGUGAUGUGUUCUCCUGCUGGGAACACACUUGCUGCUCUUGCAUCUCUUGGGCCAGGGUUGUGUCCAUGUUGGCUUCUGUUUGCCAUUCCCCAGCUGGCUGCCCAACCUCUUGCCCUGGGGAGUUGCUGUUUCUUACAUGACAAAAAAAAAAAAAAAAAAAGGAAAAGGAGAAAAAAAAAAUCCCCCUGCCCUCUUUUUGUUUUAAUUUAUUGGUUCAAACUCUGUGAGGUGUGUAAGAGUGUAAAUAUGUACGUGUGUCUGUAUGUCUGCAACCAUCCUAAGGGACUGUUGGAAUAAAGACUCUGGUUGUCAUUC